AUGAAGCUUGGGUCGACUCUUCUCAGCCUGGUCGCUGCUCGCGGUAGUCUCUUCGGAGGCGCACCGACAGACGAGCGAAUUUGGGUAGCGGACACAACGCUCAAGGAGGAGUUCAUUCUCACAGAAGACAACCUUGAGACAACCUACAACCUCCCGCAAAACCCAGUGACAGGAAAAUACGAUAAAGACCAAUACGUCCGAUUGUCGGCAAAAGCUCCCGAAGGAUACGCCGUUCGGGCAAAGUUCACGAAUUUCGCGGUCGAAGCUGGAAACUGGAGAGGCGAGUGCAAGAACGACGCUGUCCUCUUCUUCGACGGUCCCGAUGGCAACAACUUCAUCAAAGACUACUGCGGCAAGAACGCGGCGAGAACCAAGCCAGACGUCGCCAGCACCCAGGAAGAAUUGACCGUCGUUUUCAAAUCAAACGAGAACACCAUCGUCGACAAGGGCUUCACUGUCACCUUCGUCGCCGAGCCAUUGCCCGCCGAACUGUACGCCCGCAACAGGAUCGUCAAAGCUUUCGAACAGACUCAAAGCAUCGUUUUCACAAAGCACGGACAUAAGAGAAACGAGAGACUUAUCUACAAAAAGGCCGCUCACAUGCAGCGAAUUUUCGAGCGAUUCGCGUUCGUUUUCGAUAAAACCUCCGACAGCUGUGUCGACUUCGCCGGCACCGGAGACGAAAACGACUUCGUCGCUCCCGUCAUCACCGACGCCGACCCUUGUGGAUCCGUCACCAGCUUCAUGUCAUCCCUCAGCUCGUUCUGGAACGCUUUCGCUUGUCUCGAUGGCUACGAUCCAAAAACCGACGAAAGAAAGUAUUUUUUUCGCCGAUACCAAGACAAAGUCGCCAUUCAAAUCGAGCGACUUCGAACCAAGAAAUUCAAUCAGAUGUGCGACAAAUAA